GCCACCUGUCAAAGUCCAUCAGUGCCAGCUGUCAGUGCCGAUCAGUGCCUCGUGCCAGUGCCCAUAAGUGCAACAUCAAUGCCACAUAUCAGUGCAUACCAGUGCACAUCAAUGCCACAUAUCAGUGCCCAUCUGAGCUGCCUUUCAGUGUCAUCCAUCAGUGCCAGUCAGUGCCAUCUAUCAAUGCCAAACAGUGCCACCUAUCAGUGCUGCCAAUCAGUGCCACCUAUCAGUGCCAGUCAGUGCCACCUAUCAGUUGCCCAUCACUGCAGCCUCAUUAGCACACAUCAGUGAAGGAGAAAAAUCACUUAUUUACAAAAUUUUAUAA